AUCUCCAUUUAUAAAAUCCCUAACCCUCAGUGCCAAUUCUCAUCACCCCUCGAAGCAAAUAAAAAGUUUUAUCUGAAAAUAAAACAAACCCCAUCAAAUUAUUUUAGAUAUGGCUUUAAGAGUUGUAGCUUAUGGGGCACUCCUCUUCUCCCUCAAUCUUCUCUUUUUCACUUUGGUUAACUCUACCUAUACGCCUGACUACACUAGUCAGUCUACAUCAGAAUCAAAAGACUAUACAUCUGAGUACACUAGUAAACCAUCAUCAGCAACACCAAAGUCAAGAGAAUAUGCACCAGACUAUACUAACAACCCAUCAUCAACAACUUUUAAGAAAAAAGACUAUACGCCUGACUACACUAGCAAACCAUCAUCAACAUCAAAGCCAAUACACUAUGCACCUGACUAUAGCCAAUCCUCAUCAGAAACACAAAAGCCAAUAGACUAUACACCUACCUACACUAGCCAUCCAUCAUCAACGCCCGAGCCAGUAGAAUAUGCACCUGAUUAUACAAGCAAUCCAUCAUCAGCAACACCAAAGCCAAUGGACUCUACGCCUGACUACUCAAGUCACCCAUCAUCAACAACGUCAGAGCCAAUGAACUAUGAACCCAACUAUUCUAGCCACUCGUAUGCCCAACCUGCUAAAUGCCCAAGGGAUACCCUUAAAUUAGGUAUAUGUGUCAACUUAUUGAAAAGUUUGUUGGGUGUUACAGUUGGUACUCCACCACAUACUCCUUGUUGUAGUCUUAUUGGUGAUCUUGUUGAUCUUGAAGCUGCUGUUUGCCUUUGCACAACUAUUAAAUCUAGUCUUUUGGGAAUUAAUUUGACACUUCCAGUUGACCUGAGCUUGUUGCUCAACUAUUGUGGCAAACAGUUGCCGGAAGGAUUUCAAUGUGCCUAAGUUAACUUUUUCUUUCGAGUGUGUUUGUUGGUUAAUUAUGCCAUAAGUUCAUUUAGUUUUCAUUUUGUUUCCGGUGAUAGAUUGAAGCAUCUUCUCUAUCCAUUUUAAAAUUAUUAUCUUUUACUCAAUUGAAUUGUAUGCCUUUUGAUUUAUGAAUGAAUUCUAUUUUUGAUUAAA